AAUGCUUAAUUUACAAUCAUUUUUAAAAAACGAGGGACAAUUCGGCAUUUCCUCCACCUCACCCCAAAUCCACAUCAAAACUCUGUCCUUGCCGCCCAGUUUUUGGCAGCAGCUCUUCUGUCAGGAGCACCAUGAUGCCUUAAAAUACUGCCUACGCAGGUAGUGCACUAGGUUUUGGUUCAGAGCCAUGGAGAGCUGGACGGGAUGUGAUUGUCCAGUGAUGGAGUGACAGUGAACCUGUAGCACUGAAGAUCUUCAGAUGUGCUGUUCUCCGUCUGCAUGUGCUGUUAUCUAGUCGUGUGGUCUGGAAGGGAAGUGGGAUACCGCUGGAUAUUUCUGCAUUUGCUCUGGGCCUGCGGGUAAAGCAGCGGAGGCAGGCAGUGAAACAGCUAGAGGACGAACUAAAACAUCCACGUGUUCAGAUGAGUGGCACACGGUUAGCUCUUCUCUGUCUGAUGGGCCCCCUGCUGGUUCGGGGCCAGAAUGACACAGAGCCCAUCGUGCUGGAAGGGAAGUGUUUAGUCGUCUGCGACUCCACUCCGACCACAGAACCCGCUGGGAAUGCUUUGGGAAUGUCGGUGCGCUCGGGAAACGGCCGCAUCGCCUUCUCGGCUGUGAGGAACAACAACCACGAACCAUCUGAGAUGAGCAACCGCACCAUGACCAUAUACUUCGACCAGGUUCUGGUGAACGUUGGGAGUCAUUUCGAUCCGGCACGGAGCGUUUUCGUGGCUCCUAGAAAAGGAGUGUAUAGCUUCAGUUUCAAUGUGGUGAAAGUUUACAACAGACAAACUAUACAGGUGAGCCUGGUGUUGAACGGUUGGCCGGUGAUCUCGGCCUUCGCCGGUGAUCAGGAUGUGACGCGUGAGGCAGCGACCAACGCCGGUCUGGUGACGAUGGAGAGAGGAGACAAGGCCUACCUCAAACUGGAGAGAGGAAACCUGAUGGGCGGCUGGAAAUACUCCACCUUCUCCGGCUUCCUGGUCUUUCCCUCAUAGAAACAAGUCCAUGCAGAAAACUGAUCAAAAGCGCACAUUCACUUGUGUUCAGACAAGGACGCUUCUUCUGAUCCUUUACUUACAUCUCUGCUGGGCUUCUUCCUCUGCAUCUUUUCUAUAUGCAUGAACCUGCUUGAUGCACGUUAUAUAUGGCACUUUCCACUUACGAGAUACAAACUGGGGUAUAAAAAUGUUCCCUUCUGACAAAUAAUCAGUGAACAGUGCUAAACCUUAAGAUUGUGGUGAUCAUCAUCAACCUCAGGAUGUCAAACUAAAUAUUCUAUAAUAUAUUCUGCAAUCGUUUCAUUUUGAAUUUGCAAAUUUUGCAAUCCUGUAACCUGCAUUUGGGAUGUUCUUGCUAUUUUCAAUUAACAUUAAAUAAAGAUUAAAGCCUAAAAACUAAAACACACACACACAAACACACAAGUUUGGGGAAACAAGGACAUACUCAAAAAAUUGAAAUUCACACAGGUUGCACAAAGAAAUCCAGAUAAAUAUUUAUUUUAGUGAUUAAGCAUUUUACAUAUAUUUUUGCUAACAAAGCAUUGGGCAGAUUAGGUAUGAUUUUAAUAGUUUAAUGCAGGUGUGAAAGUCGUGACAUCUGAGGUUGAAUAGGACAUAACUGAUGUUUAAAACGAAUUAUUUCAACUGUACAAUAAAAUUCUGAUGUGUUGAAGCAUGAA